AUGGAUAAAAAGAAAGAUGAUUUAAAUGAAGAAGAAUUGUGGAAAUCCAAUAGAAUAUUGCUCACGAUACCAAUAUUAGUGUUGCUGUUUAUCUGUAUACAACAAGCGUUGUAUAUCGCUAGAAAUGACAAUACGACAUGUUUGCAAGACGUUCAGCAUGGUGGUCAAAUACUGACUGUAAGUCUGGUAUCACUUGAUAAACGUGAAUUAGCAGAAGUGAAUCAUAUGACAUCAGAAGUUAAUGAGUACCUGAAUGGUUUGGAUGACGGCAAUGAUUUGAUUGAGUAUGUGAAUAUUGAACUAAGGAAUAAGUGGAUAUGGACAUCUUUAAUAGCUGGUGGGAUAAUAUUGGCAGCAGCAACAUCUUUAGCAACGGUCUGGGCUCCUGCCUUGGUAGCUGGGAGUUUAGGUAGAAUUAUACGAUUGUGGUCGGAUUGA